AUAUAAAUAGAGCGAUCCCCAUAGUCUAGGAUCUGUGUGUGUGUUUGUGCAAAAUCCCCGGCCAGUUGUUGCUAAGACCAAUGCUCUCUUUUUAGGCGCACUCUAGCGUGGCACCAUCAAAACCUUGGGAAGGGGGGGUGAUGGUGCCACGCUGUGUGCGUCUAAAAUGGCAUAUUUUGUAAAUCUUCACGGCAGCAUAAUGGGUGCACCAGCCAGCAAGGCUUUUUUCAACUCCGAGGAUUCUAUCUUUAUAAGAGAGAUUUGCUUCGAGGGAAAGGGCUAUCACUACACAAAAGGCACUCGCUACGUUGAUUCGAUAGGCGGUUGCCUUGGGUGCAGAAGGAAGACCAAAAGUACAAACUUUUAUGCACAGGGCUUUACCAUCCAUAUGAGGGGAGGCUGGAAACUUGCAUUUCAUGCCAGAGUAUCUAUGUUAUAUUUUCCACCACGGGUUAUGAGUCUCUGGAAUAUAUAUUUGGCAGUGGAUGGAAAGCUGAUUCUGUAAGCAUACCC